AUGUCUCAGGAACCCAGGACAUACUCCCUUUUCCUGUGCCUUUUUCUGAGCCAUGGAGUGGCAAGUCCUACAGUUCCAGAUUCCAAGCAGGAUUUGCAUCCAUUGUUGCAAAAAAUGGCAGAAGAGAUAAUACAAGGAAGCUAUCUGAACGCAUUACUGGAUCUCAUACAGUUUCAAAGCUCCCCCAUGUGGACGGCAGACCUGUCCCACAGAGUCCUGGCCUAUCUGAAUUCACGGAAUGUUGCCUUCACCAUCCCCAGCCUGCAGGCAGCCAUGGAAAACCACCUGGAGCAGCGUUUGUACCAGCCCCAGAAGCUGCUGGAGGACCUGAGGGAAACAGAUGCUCAGCAGUUCCACACCGCCAUGAAAUAUCUCUUAGAAGACAAGAAAGACCGCCUGGAGCUGGAAGACAUUGUUAUUGACUUGGGAGAGAUUCGGAAACAAGCCUUGCAGAGCCCGGGUGUGAACCGCAGCCUGUUUCUCAUCACGCUGGAGAGGUGUUUCCAGGUGCUGAACUCCCUCGAGUGUGUAGAGAUCCUGGGCAGGCUGCUGAGGGGGUCCUCGGGCAGCUUUCUCCAGCCAGACAUCACAGAGAGGCUCCCCCGGGACCUGUGCAAGGACGCCUUCAAGAACCUAUCUGCUGUGUUCAAAGAGCUCUACGACGGAACCUCGGCCCAUUCCCAGCGAGCUCUCUACUCGUGGAUGACCGGGAUUUUGCAGACCUCCUCCAACACCACUGAUGAUUCUGUUUCAUGGGUCACUGCAGAAGACUUAUGGAUUUUGGGCAGAUAUAUGGUUCACCUAUCAUUUGAAGAAAUUAUGAACAUUAGUCCUAUAGAAAUUGGGCUGUUUAUCAGCUAUGACAACGCCACCAAGCAGCUGGACACGGUUUAUGACAUCACGCCUGAACUGGCGCAGGCGUUUCUGGAGAGGAUCAGCUCCUCCAGCUUCGACAUGAGGAAUACGUCUACCAUCCACAGGCGAGGGGCGCGGGCCCUGGCAUCCCGUAUUUUCUCACACAGGCUGGGCCUGCUGGUUUGUUUCUACAAUGACCUGGAGUUGCUGGAUGCCGCCAUGGCCCAAGUCCUCCUUCACCAGAUGAUCAAGUGCAGCCACCUGAGGGGCUUCCAGGCCGGAGUUCAGAAGCUCAAAGCCAACCUCCUGGACAUCGCCACGGAGAACCACACCCUCAAUGAGACUCUGGGCUCUUUGUCUGAUGCGGUUGUGGGCUUGACCCAGAGUCAGCUGGAAUCCCUCUCCCCCGAGGCUGUGCACAGCGCCAUCUCUACCCUCAACCAGGUCUCAGGCUGGUCCAAGAGCCAGGUCGUCAUCUUGUCUGCCAAAUACUUGGCCCAUGAGAAGGUGCUGUCCCUCUACAGUGUCAGCCAGAUGGGCGUGCUGCUGGCUGGGCUCGGCACCCAGGCCUUCUACGGCAUGGAUCGCAGGGACCUCUUACACAUCCUGAGGAGCACCAUCUCCCUGCACGUGUCUGACUUGUCGCCUGCCCAGCAGCAGGGUAUCCUCAGCAAGAUGAUCGAAGCAGGAGAUACCACCUCAGGUGUUGUGGAAAUACAAGGGGCUUUCUUUAAGGAAGUGUCUCUCUUUGAUUUAUGGAAGGAACCCGGAUUCAACGCUACAGUCCUCAAGGAAAAGGAACUUCGGAGGAGUCAGGCCUUGUUCCUGUAUGAACUUCUGUCCAAGACAACCAGAAGGCCUGCGGAGCUCCUGAGCACGAGGCAGCUGGUCAAAGGCGUGACGUGUUCCCACAUUGAUGCCAUGAGCGCGGAAUCCUUUCUGGCCCAUUUCCAGUAUUUUGAGAACAACCUCUCCCUGCUUUCACCACAUCAGGUUAAUUGUUUGGCGUGGAAGUACUGGGACGUUUCCAGGUCCUCUAUGCCACCCUUCCUCCUGGCUGCACUCCCGGCUCGCUACCUGGCUUCUGUCCCCGCCUCCCGGUGUGUGCCCUUUCUCAUCAGCCUGGGCAAGAGUCAGUUGGACUCCUUGGUUUUAGAUUCCCACAAAAAGAAUUUGGUCCUCGGGAAAGUGCAGCAGUGCCUGAACGACUCCGUUGCUGACGAGUAUGCCGUGGACAUCAUGGGGAACCUGCUCUGCCACCUGCCGGCGGCCAUCGUCCACCGCGGGGUGUCCCCCGGGGCCUGGGCCACCGCCCUGCACGGCCUCAGAGACUGCGCAGACCUCAGCCCCGAGCAGAAGGCCGCGCUGAGGCUCAGGCUCCUGGAGCAGCGCGGACUUCCCCAGAACUGGACAGCCGAGACUACAAAGGACUUGGGACCCUUUCUAGAACUUUUCUCAGGAGAAGAAUUGAGCUCUAUUGCCACAAAGUUUCCUCACAUCCUUCAACAGACAGCUUCCAAGAUGGCGGGGACUCUGCCGCCACAAGAAUUCCUCUGGGCUGUCUUUGAGUCUGUUCGGAACAGCGAUGAGAAGAGGCCCAGCUCUGAGCCCAUCUCUAGUUGCCAUGGAGUUGCGGCUCCCUCUUCAGAAGACAUCUUCAAGUUGGCUGAAGCCAAUGCCUGCUGGGCCCCUGAGGACCUGCUCUGCAUGGAGGAAGACACGUUCAUCAGGAGCGUGGAGCUUCUGGGGGCCGUCCGGGGUUUCAGCUGGCCUCAGCUGAUGACCCUGAAGGAGAAGGCAGUACAGGUUUGGGACAUGCCUUCAUACUGGAGAGAACAGCAUAUUGUAUCCCUGGGGCGCAUUGCUCUGGCUCUUAACGAAAGUGAGCUGGAGCAGCUGGAUCUCAGCUCCAUUGACACUGUGGCUUCCCUAAGCCAACAGACAGAAUGGACCCCAGGACAGGCUAAAGCCAUUCUGCAAGGGUUCCUAGAGGAUUCAGGCUAUAGGAUCCAGGAUCUGAAGAGCUUCCACUUAGUAGGACUUGGUGCAACCCUGUGUGCUGUGAACAUCACCGAAAUCUCACUUAUAAAGAUCUCAGAAUUCAGAGUGGUGGUGGCCAGAAUCGGGACCCUGCUCUGCAGCAUCCAAGUCUUGGCUGAGUUUAAGAGGAAGGCAGAAGUUGUGUUUGGGAAUCCCACUGAGUGGUCCAGCUCUGUCUUGCAGGAGCUUGGGACCAUUGCAGCUGGAUUAACUAGGGAAGAGCUCCAAAUGCUUGACAAGGAUUUGAUGCCAUAUUUCCAGCCAUCAGCAAUCAAAUGCCUUCCUGAUGAGAUAUUCAAAGAGCUGUCCGCGGAGCAGAUCGCCGCCCUGGGCCCCGAGAACGCCGCGGCCGUGACCCCAGCUCAGCGCCGGCAGCUCAGCAUGUUGCAGCUGCAGAGCCUCCAGCGGGCGCUAGAUGGCGCCAAGACUCGCUCCUGGCUGGACGCGCCCCCGAGCGCCCGCCCCAUCCGGACCCCCUCCUCCCGUUCUCUCCCAGGAGCUUCCAUCUCCAGGGGGCUUUGGCUUGUCUGCCUCCUGCUGGUUCUAACGCCCAAGCUCGUGUGGUGAGCGGUGGGCACGC